CCCUCUCUUUCUCUCUCUAAAACACCAUGCAUAACCUAAAGAAAAUCUUGAUAACCCUAAUCAUUCUCAUGGCUUUAGCUUUCAAUCUUUCUGCAACACCAAUUGAAGAGGAUGACCAAGAUGUCAUUCCCACUUCUGGUUCACUGAGAGGGGCUAGUCGGUUCCUCGCCCAACACUCAACAGGCUUGAUGAGAUGCAACAAGAACCCGAGACUUUGUCGUGCAAAAGGCAGCCCAGGUCCAGACUGUUGCAAGAAGACGUGUGUCAACGUCAUGACUGAUAAACAAAACUGUGGGAUGUGCGGGAAGAAAUGCAGGCGCCAAGAGAUUUGUUGCAAGGGGAAAUGUGUGAAUCCGAUGAUGGAUAAACGUCACUGUGGAGGGUGCAACAAUAGAUGCAAAAGAGGAAAUUCUUGCACUUACGGAAUGUGCAACUAUGCAUAAAACAAAUACAAUCAGUCGGCUAAAGCAAAUACUACAAAUACCAAUUCAUUUAUUUACAAAGUUGAUAUGUAACUAAGUUUACAU